UAACCACCAAGAAACUCCUCCACAUAUUAAGGAACUUGAACUUGGGUUGCUUCGUUCUUGGCUCUCUCUUGAAGCUGAGUUGCGGUGUUUCAUAGUUGGCUGUUCAAUACUCUACACAGAGAAAAGCAGAGACAGAGGUAAGAAAGCGAGAUCAGGCAUGGGAGCUGACUGGGGACCAGUAGUGGUGGCGGUGGCUUUGUUCAUCGUCUUAUCGCCGGGGCUGCUGUUCCAGUUGCCGGGGAGGUAUAGGGUGGUGGAGUUUGGAGGCAUGGGAACCAGUGGGAUUUCCAUCCUGGUUCAUGCCAUUGUUUACUUCGUUGUACUCACCAUCUUAGUUAUCGCCAUAGGAAUUCACAUACGUGCUUGAUCAAUCACCAACCUCUUCUCUUCUCUUUUGUUAUUGUUCGUCCUUUUCUCUUUUUCCCCCGGAGUUUGCUGAUCUUGAUGGGUUCUCUGUGUGAUGCUGUCCUUUUGACAGUAUUUUCAAACCUCUUUCUGCAUGAUUGCCAUCUGCAAUUAAGUUCGUCUUGAGAUGGCAAUUUUAAGGCUCUUUCGGGCUUUCCUACACAUAACAGUGCCUGCGCCUAAGAAAUGUUGUACAAUUCGAGCAGGUUUUGUGAUAUUAUCUGGCAAAUGAUAAACAUAGACCCGGCUUUUGCAGAUUUUUGUGUAGUUUUGAAUUAUGGACACAAAUAAUCUGAUAAUUAUGUCAAAUUUAAUAUCCUUAACAUGAAAUGGCCACGAAUCUACGCUUUUCUA